UAAAGUCUCCGCUUUGCUUAACACCCAUCUCUGCUGAAGGAGCGGAGGGGCAGAGCGGAGGGACCCCGGUCGUUUUUCAAUGCUGGGGAGCCGGGAAGCAGGACCCGCCGGAGGUGGGCAGGUGGCCGCGGCCAGCGGACCGCCAAGCCGGGAUCAGGAGACCCUUCCCGGCCGCGCAGGGUGUCGCCUCACCGGCCUGGUCAGCUGGAGGCGGAGACCAUGCAGGACUUCAGCCCUGUUUGCUGCAGCCAACGCGAUGUUCGGGUUUGUGGCCUUUGACUCGUUUCGGGCCUACACCCUCCUGGCUUUCCUCCUGGCCCUGCUGGUCAUCACGGUCACCACCCGAGAUGUAAUUCGGUCCAGAUCCGCAGGAGCCCAGCUUUGGCACAGCAUGACAACAAGCUGGGAGAUCAUUGAUUCAGGCCAGGACAGCCGGACUGGGGUCGGACCUCAGCUUACUGACUCCCUCAGACUCUUCCUGCAAGAGACAUCAGCUUUCAAAAAGCAAAACCCAGGAAAGUUUUGCCUGCUGGUUUGCAGCGUGUGCACUUUCUUUGCUGUCUUAGGACGCUACAUUCCAGGGAUCGUUAUCUCGUAUAUUCUAGUGUUGGGUGUCUUUCUGUGGCCUCUGAUUUCAUCUCAUGACAUCAGCUCGUGGCUGGAGCCAGUUCUGCAGAAGCUGGACUUUGGCAUCGGCGAGUUUUUUCAGAAAAUCAAAGAGAACCACGAAAAGCGACUCCUGCAGGCUCAGAAUGAGAAAGAAGGCAUUGAGUCAGACCUCUCCUCUAUGUUUCCAAAGCUCGAUUCCACAGUGUGUAAAGAGAUGUCUGUCUCGGACACAGAGGUGUCAGAUGUCACAUGGACAGACAAUGGUACUUUCAACCUGUCAGAGGGACACACACCACAGACUGAGAACUCAGAGAGAAGAACCGUUCAUUGGUGGCCUACUUGAAUUCCCUUCACUUGAUAAUGGCAUGACCACCAAUGGCGACGACGACGACGACCUCAGCCUCGGCCUUGCUUCACCUCCAACUCGGCUCCAAGAUCCAAUCAAAUCCAAGCACGAACCUCAAGACCAGUCCACCAAUGCCCUCGAUUUGGUCAACCAGAUGGCAGGUGAAGUUAUCACCGCUGCAGUCACAGCUGCCAUCCAGGAGAGAAUAGAAGCAGCAGUCAGCUUCAUGACGCCAACUGAAGACCCCAAGCGGGCGGGACUCACAGAAUCGAGCAGGCUGCUGGAGCUGACCGAGGAGUCGGACAGUGAGGUGGAGGACUUUGAGCUGCUGGACCAGUCAGAGUUGGAGCAAUUGGAGGGGGAGCUUGGCCUCGGAGAGAAGGCCAAAGCCAAAGAAGAGGUGCAGACCGACAGUCCCGCCUCUUCUGGCUUCUUGUCCAAACUCCUUAAACGCCACUGACGGAUGAAAAGUUUGAAAGCAGAUGGUGAGGUGUGGUUUCCAGAGGACAUGUGGAGGGGAGGCAACUUUAUAGAGUUUCAAUUUAGCUUCUUCCUGUUAAGCAAACAUCUACAGAAAUGAUCAGAUAGUGCUGUCUUUUUUUUUAAUCGAACCAGAGCAGCCCAAAGCUGAGACCACACCAUAUACCCUAAUAAUGGCUGACCAAACUGAGGCCUCUAAGAUGAUUUCAGUAACUAAUGAAAGAUCCAUGCUCAUCUGAAAACAGGCGUAUGGAUUUUUUAAAUGUAUACUUUUAUUAUUUGCUAUCAGUCAGGUGGAGGCUGGUCACUCACGUUUAUAAGGCUUUAUAUGACUUUCAAAUUAACACUGAAUUGACUUAGGCGUAGUUUUCAGGUUACAGUGUCGCUAUGUGGCAAGUGUGCAAAACUAGUGUAGUACAAACUAAUACAGUACAAAUGCUGACUUCCCAUAAGACUCAAAUCUUGUGACAUACUACUCCACUACUACUCCUUGGGUUGGUCCUUCACAUAGAGCUGAGAGAAAUUAGACAUUUAAUUACGCCUAUGAGUCAAGUCACAGCAAGGAUUAAGUCGGCUUUAUUUAAAGAAGCAUGAAAUGCUACACAAAUAAAGGCUAAUCUACACUAUUGAGCCCUGCUCUAAAAACAGACAUAGAUGUAAAACUGUCUGUGAAGCUGGAUUUAAGAAACAAGUGCUUAAAGUUAAAGUUUGAAAAACAUGUUUGGCGCCAUCUUCUGUCAGUACAGAACAUGACGUUAUCUGGUUAGUUCGUUGGUUGCGGCUAAUAGACUUAUAUUAGUUCAUAUUAGCUAACUAGUGACAGAAUCAAUAACUAGGAGGAAAAGUAAUGAUACUAAAACUAAAAAUCAUUCUAACGAGAUCACUUCUUUGCUGCCCCUGACUGCAACAAUGAGUUUUAUGUUAAGAAACUGAGGAUAUACUGUCCACUUUCACUGUGUGUCUCUUUUGCAGGAAGUGGCUGGCUGCUGUUUGGCUAGCUGCACCAAACAGGAAAAUUAAUCUGUUAGUCGUAAUGUUUGGAUUUGUAAAGCACUUUGUAAAUGAGGACUGUGUGGAGCAGAGCCUGUUCCUCACCAGGUCGGGUGUACUGAGCCGUGACAUCAGCUUGCAAAGCAGAUAUUGGCAAGAUGCCAUCAGCACUAUUUUAUGCAACAAAAAAUUUUUCUCUCUUUAACGAAACACAACCAGUUUACUACAUAACAGGUUACUACAUGAGUAUCAGACCAAAAACAUAACAGGUAUUUUUUUUUUUACCAAAGGGUAUUAGAAACCCUAACACUCAUCAGCAUGUCCACAGGAAAAAUGGGCUGUUAUGUUGUAAACUGUCUGGAUGUGCUCAAGAAGAGAAAGAUUAUCUUAUGACAUAAAAAGUGCUGAAUGCAUCAGCUGAUUGCGCUGCUCGGUAAACUUGGCCAGAGGAGGAAAAACCAGUUUAUGUCAGCCCGGUGAGAGCACCUGUCACCUGUCUCAAACAGGCUCUCCUCCACACAGUCCUCAUUUAGAAAGUGCUUUACAAACUCGAACACUAACAGGUGGAUUUUCCUGUCUGAGUGCAGCUAGCCAAACAGCGACCAGCCACGUCCUGCUAAAGAGACAUACAGUGAAAGUGGACAGUAUAUUCUUGGUUUUAACAUGAAGCUCAUUGUUGUAGUCAGAGGCAGCAUAGAAGUGAUCCUCUUAGACUGAUUUUUAGUUUUAGUAUCAUUACUUUUCCUCUGAGUUAUCGAUUCUGUCACUAGUUAGCUAACAUAAACUAAUUUAAGUCUAU